CAGUCCUCUUGACUACAGCUGUUUCAAGGAUAACAUAUUAGAGAGAGCAAACAUGGCGGAAAAUGGUUUACUAAAAAGAUUAGAAAAUGGCGGCAAUGUGGUUGUUGCGGAGGGAUACAUUUUCGAGUUUGAGAGGAAGGGCUAUUUACAGGCUGGAACGUUUGUUCCGGUAGUAACCUUAGAACAUCCAGAACUUGUCCGGCUUAUGCAAGAAGAGUUUGUCCAUGCAGGCAGUGACGUUGUCCUUGCGUUCACAUAUUACGCACACAGAGAAAAAUUACGGCUAAUUGGGAGAGAGAAUGAUUUGGAGAAAAUGAACAUUGCGGCACUAAAAAUGGCACGUGAAGUUGCAGACAAACAUGGCUGCCUGAUGGCGGGAAACAUUUGUAACACUUCCGUUUAUCUACCUAAUGACGCAGAAACACAUAAAGUUGCAGAAGCAAUGUUCAAGGAACAGAUUGAGCUUGCGUUAAAAUAUGGGGCAGACUACAUAGUGGCAGAGACAUUUGCUCACUUCGGAGAGGCAAAGUUAGCUCUAGAGUGUAUAAAGAAAUAUGGGAAAGGUUUGCCAGCAGUAGUAACAAUGUCAGCAUCGGCGACAGAUGUAUUCGUUGAUGGGAUCAAGAUCGCAGAAGGUUGUAAACAGUUGGAGGACGCUGGUGCGGCUGUUGUUGGCCUAAACUGUGGAAGGGGGCCAGAAACAAUGAUCCCAUUGCUCAAGGAAAUAAGACAAAUAUGUAAAGGUCCUAUAGCAGCGUUACCAGUCACCUACAGGACAACCCCAGAGGAACCAACUUUCUUCUCAUUGACUAUACCGGGAACCAAAGAGAGAGCAUUUCCGAAUGAUUUGUGCGCAUGUCUUUGCAGUCGUCAACAGAUAGCGGAGUUUGCCCAGCAAUGUAAAGAUAUCGGUGUGCAAUACAUUGGCUUAUGUUGUGGUAACUCCGCAAGCAUGACCCGAAUUGUUGCGGAGAAGUAUGGACGUAACCCACCUGCUAGCAAAUACGCACCAGAUAUGGAAAAACACUACAUCCUAGGCGAUAAAUCGAAGUUUAAAAGCGGUUUCACAGAAGAUUUAAAAGCACAUGUUGAAGGACAGUUUGAUUAAAUAUACAUGUAUAUACCGCAGUGUUGAUUAAGGCAGUUGAUUUCCGUUGGAUGGCGUUGUUUUCCGUAUGUGAUUUCGUUAUUUUCCCGUAAGUUACCGAAACCAUUGCUUUUAUCACAGCCAAAGAAUGCCGAACUAACGGACGAGGAUACGGAAUCACACGGAAACUGCCGAAUGCCAUUACGGAUUCACUACUUUAUGCUAACCUCCUUUUCUUUUUUGCUUUUGAAACAUAUACAACUGGUGUCAGGUGUUUAUUGUUUGGUGAUUGGCAAGUAUCUGACUCGAGCAAUGUAUAGAUUGUUGUUGAAUAUUAUGUACUUGAUUAUGGUUUGAAAUUCAAAAAGAAUUAUGGAUGGCGAUCCUGAAAUGUUAAAUGAUUUUGUAAUGUUACAAACAGAGAACAUUUUGAUUUGGAUAAAAUCAAGCACUGCUGUCAUUACAUAAACUAUAUGAGGACAUACCUGUGACUUUUACACAGAUAACUAAAUGGCGAUAUUUCCGAUACAAUUAAACCUGUUAGUAUUGUUUACAUCGAAAGAAAUUUACCAUUUUUUGAUCUUAUCAUUAAUAACAAAUACGAAUUAAAUCGUGAAAUACAACAAUGACUACUGGUGUGUUUAAGCACCACAGUUUGAUUUUUUGUCUUGUUUUGUUUUCUUCAUUCUUAUUUGUUUACGCUGCGCUGCUCAGUUAUAGCUAUUGCCAGCCAUUAUAUAUAUAUUAUUAAUUAAUCUUAGGCCUAGUGAAACUUGAAUUUCGAGACCUGUUUUCAAAUUCAGGAUGCUGCCUGGGUACAACC